AUGAUUCCAGAAAACUAAGAUAUAAUAAACCCAAGCUUGCUUGAAUCUGCACCACUCAGUCACAGACCACAAAACAAUACCACCCUCACCACUCCACCCAUGCUUCUCUGAAAUUUUCUUUAACCAUGGCCGUACGGGCAGUUGCCACCUGCUCCCUCUUCCGCCCUCCCUCUCCGCCCCUCUUACCCUCCGCCCUCCGCCUCUUCUCCUCUCCCUUCCGCUGCUCCUGCUCCCUCCGUCAUGGCGCCAAAACCUACCACCGCUCCUUCCACUCCGUCUUCGACAGCGUCAUGGAAGAGCUCCGUGCGGCUCGCAGAAGCCGCCACAAGCGUGUCUCCGCCGCGGGUUCCAGCACGGGAUUCUUGAAUGAAGAGCUUGUUGAAGAUAGACUUGUAAACCGUUCAUUGCAGAAAGGGUUGCUUUUGGAAUUCAAGAAGGAUUCUGAUAGAGUAUUGCUAGCAGUAGCUCAAAGACCUGAUGGCAAGAAGAACUGGAUGGUUUCUGAUCAGAAUGGUGUCACUUCUUCCAUCAAACUGCAGCAAGUGACAUAUAUUGUUCCUGGUAUUGAUAAUUUUGACCAAGCAGAUAUCACAGAUUUUGCUCUAAAGGCUCAGGAUAACAUGGACCUGUCUCUACUUGAAUAUGCUUGGAUUGAGCUCCUAGAAAAGAAUAAGUCUGUCACAGUUGAAGAGUUGGCCGAGAUAAUUUUUGGUAGCACCGAGCCCCUUGACAGCUAUUCUGCUCAUCUCUUGCUAUCAAAAGAUGAAGUAUACUUUACUGUAUUGGAGACUAAAGGAUCUCGUUCCAUUUACGGACCUCGACCAAGUAGGCAGGUUGAGGAGCUCAUUCGCAGGAAGCUUGCAAAGGAGGCUGCUGAGAAAGAAUUUUUAGAGUUUAUUGAAUUACUGGCCUCUGUGAAGUCCAUGUCUUUACAAGAUAAACCUCCAAAAUCUUCCUGGACCAAUGAUGAAAAAAAUUGGAGGAGAAUUGAGUCACUUGUAGCAUAUGCUAUUGAUUCAUGUAAAAGUGAUGAACAAAGAAAAACAGCUGGGAUGAUACUGAAGGAAUUGGGUCUGGCAAAGACAAGUUCCUCAGCCGUUAAACUUCUGAUAGAUAUUGGAUAUUUUCCUGUACAUAUCAAUCUUGAUCUAUUGAGAUCCGGAAUUCCCACUGAUCAUUCAGAAGAAAUCAUAUCUGCUGCACAGUGUCUUUUAUUGGACAUAUCUGAUCCAGACAAGAUUGACAGGAAGAAUCUUACUGAUUUAAAGGUCUAUGCCAUUGAUGUUGAUGAGGCUGAUGAGCUUGAUGAUGCUUUGAGUGCAACAAAGUUGCAAGAUGGCCGGAUUCAAGUUUGGAUACAUGUUGCAGAUCCAACUAGAUAUGUUCAACCUGGAAGUAUAGUGGACAGAGAGGCUAUGAGAAGAGGAACUUCUGUUUUCUUGCCCACUGCUACCUAUUCUAUGUUUCCAGAAAAUCUUGCCAUGGGGGGCAUGAGUUUGCGACAAGGAGAGCUUUGUAAUGCUGUUACUGUAUCAGUUGUGCUGCAUAAUGAUGGCAGCAUUGCAGAAUAUUCAGUUUUUAACUCAGUGAUUAAACCAACAUACAUGCUGACAUAUGAGAGUGCAUCCGAGCUACUCCAUUUGAAUCUUCAGGAGGAGGGUGAGCUCAGAAUUUUGUCUGAGGCUGCAAACCUUAGAUCAAAUUGGCGUCGUCAACAGGGUGCAAUUGAGACGUCAACUUUAGAUACUCGGAUUAAAGUAUUUAAUCCAGAGGAUCCAGAGCCUUCAUUAAAACUUUAUGUGGAAAACCAGGCAGAUCCUGCCAUGCGUUUAGUCUUUGAGAUGAUGAUACUCUGUGGAGAAGCUAUUGCCAUGUUUGGAUCUCAGAAUGACAUUCCCUUACCAUACAGGGGACAGCCGCAAUCAGAUAUAAAUGUUUCCGAAUUUUCCCAUCUUCCAGAAGGACCUGUUAGGAGCUUUGCACUGGUCAAGGUAAUGCGUGCGGCUGAAAUUGAUUUUAGGAAGCCAGCACGCCAUGGUGUUUUGGGGAUUCCUGGUUAUGUUCAGUUUACAUCUCCCAUCCGUAGAUAUUUGGAUCUUCUUGCACAUUAUCAAGACCGGAGUUCGAAACACAUGAUUGGCACAGGAUGUGAGUCUCAUGGCCUCUAUCUUCUACGCCCUUCUCCACAUGCUGGCAUAAUCAUGGAGUCACCAUCCCUUCUUCAUGCUCAGUUAGGUCAUCCCAGCCUUGCCAAACUACAGCAACUUGUUCCGAGUUUGUCGAAGUUAUCAAGUUUGUCGUGUGAGUCUUGUCAGUUAGGAAAGCAUACUUGUAGUUCCUUUCCUCGUAGUGUGUCACAAAGAGCAUCUUCUCCUUUUUCAUUAGUCCAUUCUGAUAUUUGGGGUCCUAGUCGUGUUAAGUCCACUUUAGGCUUUCAGUAUUUUGUUACUUUUAUUGAUGACUAUUCAAGAUGUACUUGGUUGUUUUUAAUGAAGAAUCAUUCUGAGUUGUUUUUUAUUUUCCAAUCAUUUUUCAAUGAAAUAAAAACACAGUUUGGGGUUUCUAUUCGAACUUUACGCAGUGAUAAUGGCCGUGAAUACCUUUCUUCACCAUUUAAACAUUUUAUGGCUUCUCAUGGCAUUCUUCACCAGACCUCAUGUGCUUAUACUCCUCAACAAAAUGGGGUNGCUGAGCGCAANAAUAGACACCUUAUUGAAACAACUCGUACACUUCUAAUCCAUGGCCAAGUNCCCUCGCGUUUUUGGGGUGAUGCAGUUCUCACUGCAUGUUAUCUCAUAAACCGNAUGCCGUCUUCUGUCCUAGAUAACAAAAUCCCUCAUUCCGUCUUAUUCCCUCAAGACCCUUUACAUCCAUUACCUCUUAGAGUUUUUGGGUCUACAUGUUUUGUNCAUGAUUUUAGUCCUGGUCUUGAUAAGUUAUCUCCUAGAUCUCACAAAUGUGUCUUCUUAGGAUUUCCUCGGUCACAAAAGGGCUAUAAGUGUUUUUCCCCUUCCCUCAAUCGUCAUUUCAUCUCCGCUGAUGUCACCUUUGAUGAAUCUUCGUUUUAUUUUUCUCAUCUAUCCUCUAGUUCUGUAGCUCCACCUCCUACUGUUGAUAUUCCUAUUGUCGGUGAUCCUUUAGAUUCUCAUUCCCCACAUGAUCAUCCUUCAACUCCACCCCUUCAAGUUUAUAGUCGCCGCAAUCGUCUCCCUCAUGACUCACCUCCUGUGCCGCCUCCUGUGUCUCCUCCGGCUCCAGCAAAUGAGUCUGACCUGCCUAUUGCCCUUCGUAAAGGUAUACGCUCUACUCAUAACCCUUCCCCCCAUUAUACUGUUCUUAGUUACCACAAAUUAUCUCCAUCUUUUGACACAUGUCUCUCAUCCAUUUCUUCUGUGUCCAUUCCCAAGUCUGUGGGUGAUGCCUUAACUCAUCCUGGUUGGCGUCAAGCCAUGCUGGAUGAAUUAAGUGCUUUACAGAAAAGUGGAACUUGGGAGCUUGUCCAAUUACCAUCUGGAAAGUCUGUUGUUGGUUGCAGGUGGGUGUAUGCUAUCAAAGUUGGCCCUGAUGGUACAAUUGAUCGUUUGAAGGCUCGACUUGUUGCCAAAGGAUACACACAAAUUUUUGGUUUGGAUUAUGGUGAUACUUUUUCUCCAGUGGCGAAAAUGACCUCUGUUCGCCUUUUCAUUACCAUGGCCGCUCUUCGUCAAUGGCCUCUUUACCAACUUGAUGUCAAAAAUGCUUUCCUUAAUGGUGAUUUGCAGGAAGAAAUUUACAUGGAGCAACAUGCUGAUUGGGUUGGUUCCCCUUCUGAUAGGAGGUCUANUUCUGGAUAUUGUGUAAAGGCAUUCCUUAGAGGGGAGCUUCCACCCUUUACAGCUGGUAAGCUUGAAGGGAUAGCAGCUGCUAUCAAUGAGAAUGUUAGAACAGUGAGGAAACUCUGCAACAGUAGUCUUCGAUACUGGAUAUUAGAAUAUUUACGAAGACAACCAAAAGAGAAACCGUAUCGUGCAUUGGUUCUUAGAUUUUUGAAAGAUCGAAUUGCAGCUCUAUUGCUGGUGGAGGUUGGAUUUCAAGCUUCUGCCUGGGUCUCUAUUGGAUCACAGAUAGGGGAUGAAGUAUUAGUUAAAGUGGAAGAAGCGCAUCCGCGUGAUGAUAUUCUUUUUCUGAAGGAGGUUGUAAAAGAGUGA